UAUUCGAUUGUGAAGUAUCAGAAUCAUUGACUGCAGUGUAUGCUCUUCGCUGAUGAGUUGAUAAUUAUACGGAUGAUGCAGAAUGACAUUAUCUCUAGAUCUACCCCCAGUGGCGUUUGGUAAACUGGAUCAACAAAGAAACAUUUGAAAUAGGGUGGUGCGUGUGUAGUGUACAGUAAAACAUCGCACCAUGUCGUGGAAGAUUGCAGGUUGCAGCAUAUUGCUGUUUGUACUGCAGCACAUUGUACGAGUCAUCUACUCAUUCGGCUACCACCUGCACUACUAUCAACAUUAUCCAGGGCCCUGUCAGCAGGUGGAGGGGAUUGAUUUGGGCUCGGCAAGUUUAUAUACUCUUCCAGAUGGGCUCACGCUGAUUACUUCGGGUUUCAGCAUGAACCUGCUUUCCCCGAGCUACCAGGCUUUCUACGAGGAGAAGGGAGCUCGUGGCGGCGUGUACAUGAUGGAUCUGAAGAACGCCAGCGGGGAACUAGCGCCCGUCCCUCUGUCUGUCGUCGCAGAGCACAGCGGGUUCAACCCGCAGUCUUUCCGUCCUCACGGGAUUAGUGUGUGGCAUGACCAUGACAGUGGCCGCUACAUCGUGUUUGUGGUGAACCACCCCGUGAGGGAAGUGGACAGAGUGGAAAAGUUUGUCCUGGACCGAGGCAACGGCACCCUCCUCCAUGUGAAGACGUACACCAGCCCCAAACUGAGGAGCCUGUACGACGUCCAGGCGGUGGGUGAGGACUCCUUCUACGUGAGCAACGUCCUGUACGAGCAGCGCUCCCGUUUCUUCAUGCUGCUCGAGCUCUUCUCUCUCAUGCCCUGGUCCUCCGUUGUGCUGUACCAGCCCGAGACAGGGUACAGUCAGGUGGUCAGCGGACUGACCAGUGCUACAGGACUAUUGGUGUCUCCCUGUGGCUUGUUUGUGUACGUGCUCUCGUGUAUGGGGGCGGAGAUCCGCGUCUAUCGUAGACAGGAGGACAACUCUCUUCUGCUUCAACAG